AUGUCCGUCUCGGCCAUGGCCUCUCUGCGGCCGCUCCAGCGCCAAUGUCUGCGGCACGCCUCGAGCGGCCUGCUAUCUCUCCACGUCAGGUCGCCGUCUGUCCGCUUCAGCAUCCACGCCGUGAUAGCUCUCGCGCCGCAACAGAGGCGCCACCAGUCGGGCUCGAGCCGCGAGCCUGAGCCGCCAAAGCCCAGCAAACCUCCCAUGAGCUUCACACACUUCGUCAGGCACGCUCUCGGCGCCAGCUUGAGGAAUCUGGCCGUCGCUCUGAGCCCUCGCGGCAUCCGCGCCGCCUACCGCGACUCUCCUGCUCUCAUCGCCACCAUCGUGGCACUUCUCAUCUUCACUUUUGGCCUCUCCGUCAUCGCCCUGAGGUCCUUCAUCCAUGCCUUUUACAACUCCGACUACAGCAGAUACCCCAAGCCCAUCGCCAACACGCUGCGCCGCGCAAUCUACUACACCAAUAUCAAGCCCGACCCCGAGCUCGCCUUGCGCUUCUACAGAAAAGCCAUGGAGCAGAGCGCAGAGCUCGGCCUCGACCCCUUUUCCGACGAGGUGCUCGGCAUCCGCAUCCAGGUCUCGUUUUGGCUACAGAAGAUCAACAGCCACAAGUCGGCCAUCAACGUUCUUGAGUCCAUCCUGGGGGACUGCCGGAAAUGGGUCGACGUCAUGGAGCAGUCCGCCAAGGACGGCAAGGUCGACGACGCAGGCCGAUACCGGGCGGCUCCCGAAGCCGCCCCCGAAGCGUCCCCCCAAGAACCACCUCAAGCGUCCCCUGAAUCGUCCCCGGAAUCGUCCCCCGCCACGCAGCCCGACGAGGCUGCCCUCAAUGUCCCGCACGCUGAACCCGAAACCCUAUGGCGGAAGCGCCAGCGGCUCUUGGCCAAGGCCAUCGGCACCAGUGUCAAGCUGGGGGAGCUCUACUCGGACGAGCACGUGCUCGAUCCCGACAAAUCCCACACUCACCUGUUAUGGGCCGUUGAGACGGCGCUCCGCGAGUUCCAACGACGCAAGUCCCAGGGGCUCAAGUCUGGGGAGCAAGACUGGCUCACCCCGGAGGAGCUCGGCGGGUCCAUGGAGUCGCUCGGGCGAGACUACGAGCGCAAGUCCCAGUUCCAGCUCGCAAUACCCCUCUUCUUCCAGGCCCUCCGACUGUGCGAAAGUCCCUGUCACCGGGCCGUCAUCAUGAACAACAUAUCCGCUGCCUUCGCCCAGCAUCCCAUCUACACUCCCCCUCAGCUCGGCGUCUCCAAGACUCUGCAAGACGUCGUCGACCCGGCCACGCCCAAGACACGCAACGAGUGCCUCGACGCGGCACUCAACUGGGCGCGCAACGCAUACAGUCACGCCCAGGACGUCAAGGGCGAUACCAGGACGCCCGAAUGCGAUGAGGCCUGCGCGGUAGCGCUGUGUAACUGGGGUGACGUGGCAGCCAUGCUGGGCAAGGCGGAUGUGGCGCGGGCCAAGUACAAGGAGUGCAUCGACAUGAGUCGCCAGAUGGAGUUUCCACAGGGCUUGAAGCAGGCCCAGGAGGGUCUAGCCAAGCUGACGUCAACCUCGUCCAGCCGCAUCUGA